UCUCUCUCCUUUUCUUUCAUUCCCCCUAUCUAAGCUUUUUUAUUGUUACCCCACCCUCUCAUCUACUCUUUCUUUCCACCAUAAACAACUCUAAAGACACUAUGCUGUCACUCGCACCAUCCCUUGAUGCCAAAAAUGCUACCACUGGCCAAAACCAACCCUGCGUUUCCCAAAAUACCCACAUAUUCAAAUCAAAAUUACCAGAUAUACCCAUCUCUAACCACCUCCCCCUCCACGCUUACUGCUUUCAGAACCUCUCCCAAUUCGCCGACCGUCCCUGCCUCAUCGUCGGCGCCGCCGCCAAUAUCUACACCUACGCCGAGACUCAUCUCAUUUCCCGAAAAGUUGCCGCCGGCCUAUCCAACCUUGGCGUCGGAAAAGGUGACGUCAUCAUGAUUCUUCUCCUAAACUCCGCCGAGUUCGUCUUCUCCUUCUUCGCUGCCUCCAUGAUUGGCGCCGUCGCAACCACCGCCAAUCCGUUCUACACUCCCGCCGAGAUAUUCAAGCAAUUCGCCGCCUCCAAGGCGAAGGUCAUCAUCACGCAGGCAAUGUACGUGGACAAGCUCCGCAACCACGACGACGCGAAACUAGGCGAAGACUUCAAGGUGAUCACCGUCGACGAUCCGCCGGAGAACUGCCUGCAUUUCUCGGUGCUCUCGGAGGGAAACGAGAGCGAAGUGCCGGAGGUGGAGAUCCAUCCCGACGACGCGGUGGCGCUGCCGUUCUCCUCCGGCACGACGGGGUUGCCGAAGGGAGUCGUUCUGACGCACAAGAGUUUGACGACGAGCGUGGCGCAACAGGUGGACGGCGAGAACCCGAACCUGCACCUGAGUACCGACGACGUUCUCCUCUGCGUGCUUCCGUUGUUUCACAUAUUCUCUCUCAACAGCGUUUUGCUCUGCGCGCUCCGAGCGGGGAGCGCUGUUCUGCUGAUGCAUAAAUUCGAGAUUGGUACGUUGCUGGAGCUGAUACAGCGGCACCGCGUGACGGUGGCGAUGGUGGUGCCGCCGCUCGUGCUGGCGUUGGCCAAGAAUCCCAUGGUGGCGGACUUUGACCUCAGCUCCAUACGGUUGGUGCUGUCGGGUGCUGCACCCUUGGGCAAGGAACUCGAAGAGGCUCUUCGGAGUAGGGUGCCUCAGGCUGUUCUGGGACAGGGAUACGGAAUGACAGAAGCUGGACCGGUGCUAUCCAUGUGCUUGGGCUUUGCAAAACAACCAUUUCCAACAAAGUCAGGCUCUUGUGGCACUGUUGUAAGAAAUGCAGAGCUCAAGGUUGUUGAUCCUGAAACUGGUCGUUGUCUUGGCUAUAAUCAACCCGGUGAAAUUUGCAUCCGAGGACAACAGAUCAUGAAAGGAUAUCUGAACGAUGACAAAGCUACAGCAUCGACCAUAGAUGAUGAGGGGUGGCUUCAUACAGGUGAUGUUGGCUAUGUAGAUGAUGACGAUGAGAUUUUCAUUGUUGAUAGGGUGAAAGAACUCAUCAAAUUCAAAGGCUUCCAGGUGCCCCCUGCUGAACUUGAAGGCCUUCUAGUAAACCAUCCCUCUAUUGCAGACGCAGCUGUUGUCCCACAAAAGGAUGUUGCUGCUGGUGAAGUUCCUGUUGCUUUCGUGGUGAGAUCAAAUGGCUUUGAUCUAACUGAAGAGGCUGUAAAGGAGUUUAUUGCUAAACAGGUGGUGUUUUAUAAAAGACUGCACAAAGUUUACUUUGUUCAUGCUAUUCCAAAGUCUCCAUCAGGAAAGAUAUUAAGAAAAGACCUUAGAGCAAAGCUAGAAACCGCAACCCCAACGUCCUAAAGGCUAGAACAUACCCCUUUCUUUUUGGCAAUAUCUUCCUUAUUUUUUUAUUUAUGUUCUAAGUUUCACCCCUGUAAUUUAUGUAUUGCUUCACGGCCAAAAUUCAAUCCGUGAAUCGGAUGCGCCUACACAUAAUCAUUGUAUUUUUAUCCAUUGCCCAAGCUUCUAUGUGGUACAUUGUAUUUGUAAUGUGAUUUUAGAUCACUGAUUUUCGAGACCUUAUCUUAUUGUUAUUAUUA